AUGAGAAUUCAACUUUCCAAUUUUUCAUACGAUGCUCCCGCUCCCGCCUCGCAGCAACAUGUUUUGAUUUGCCUAACCUAUUGUUCGCGUAGUUACCGGACUUCAAACGCUAUUACCGCUGUAUUUUACCCACAGAAACUAUCUACGGUGUUUUCUCUUCGUUGUUCUAGAUACCAGAGAAUGGAGCUACAAUGUGACAUAUGCUUUGGCCAGUUUGACUUGGAUCACCAUCGACCAAAGAGUUUGCCCUGCGGACACACUAUUUGCAGGGAAUGCGUGCAGAAUCCUGCCAUAGGGAGGAAGUGUCCAACCUGCAGGAGGAACCUGUCCGCCUCCCCGGACGACCUCCCCGACAACAUAUUCGUAACGCGUCUGCUUGAGCACGACGCCGCGCCCACGGGGGUGGCGUCCAGGGCCCGGCGCAUGGAGGAGAGGGCGCGGCAGCUGCAGCGGGGCGCAGCCGCCGGGCGCAAGCUGGUGCACCUGCUGCGCCAGAUGGUGCCCCUGGCCGUGGAGGCGCUUAACAACCAGCUGAGCUCGUCGGAGGCCCAGCUGCAGCAGGUGGAGGAAGCCCUGGAGCAGCUGCGGCAGCUGCAGCAGCGCGAGGCGGCGGGUGAGGAGAACACCACCGCCCCUCUCCAGCCCGCGGUCGGGGAGCUGCAGCUGGCGGUGCAGAUGGAGGACAGCUUACGCCUUCUGACCGCCAACAAGUGCAGCGUCGAGGCGGAGGAGGACGCCGGCGCCGCCUGGAGGGCCGAGGUGCAGCUCGGGCCGUUCGACCACCUGGUGCGCCCGCUGCUGCUGCAGCUACAGCUGGACGGCCACCUGGCCAAGGUCGACGCCGUCGUGGCCGCACCGCCGCCGCCGCCGCCCGCCGCGCUGUACGUGGGGCCGCCGAGGCUGUCCAACCUCACCAUCGACGACGUGAAGGCGGACGACAUCGUGCGGAGCGGGCGGCGCUGGCGCAAUAUCCGCACGCUGAACAACGUGAUCGGGCGCGACUCGGAGCGGCUGCUGCGGGUGGUGGCGCCCCAGCUGGAGGAGCUCAACAUCUCGGUGGAGGUGGGGCCGAGCGUGCUCGAGGAGGUGGGCAGGAUGCCGUCGCUCCGGAGGCUGCUCGUCGAGUGCAGCGACACGGGCGACUUCCCGGACCUGCCGCUGCAGCUGGAGGAGCUCGCCAUCUCGUACCCGAGCGAGAACCAGAUGCGCUGCGUGCAGCGGAUGCCCCGGCUGCGCAGCCUCUUCGUGGGCUUCUACUUCGGCGCGCCGCUGCCGCUGGAGCCCGCGCCAAACGACGGGCUGCUCUGGCUGGGCGUCACGUACAACGAGCAGUACAGGGAGUCCACGCUGUCUGUGAUCCGGGUGUUCGCCGCCUCGGUGCAGGAGCUGCAGGUGUACACCCCCGUCACCAAGGUGGAGGACCUGUACUACUACCACCCGGACCUGGGCCGCGACCUGGCUGCCUGCGGCCUGCGCGCGCUGCGCCGGCUGGUGCUGGAGCGGCCGUCCUCCGACCCGUGCCCCGAGACCGACGCCUGCCUGGUGCAGCGCCAGACCGCCAGGGGCUUCCUGUCGCCGGCCGUCGACGUGCUCUGCGGCUCGUGCCACCGGGCCGUCCUGUAGGGAGUUCCAGGACAUCCAGGAGUUCCAGGAGAGCGGCGCCGGCGCCGCUCUGCCCGUCACGGACUGUGGAGGAGUUCAUGUCUUACUCGUUCUUCACCUCCAUUCCCACUUAACUGUGGGAGGUGCACAAACGAGUGUGGAGUGUGUGGUGUGAUAGUGUGAUAAGUGUGUCAGAGAGUUUUGUAUUAGAGAUAUGUAAAAUAAAUGAAGUAAUUGCUCUUUAAUGCACUGGAAACUAUGUCAUGGUUCAGAUAUUUUUGUACAUUUUUGUAAUCUA